AUGGAUUAUCAGAAAUUAUUUAGUGUCAUUCCUAAAGAACCAAGAAGAUGGACUUAAUGUGAUGUUGAAUGCUGGUUGGAAUUUAUAGGAUUAUAAGAUUUAUCUAAUGUUUUUUGUAUAGAUUGAUAAUUCAAUUUUAUAGAAAGAAAUGCUAUUGAUGGAGCUUGUUUAGAAGUAUUAAAUGAUGAUGAUUUGAAUGAAUUAGGCAUAAAUUCUAAUGUUAAAAAGAAGAAGAUUUUAUAGUGGAUUCAAAAUGGAUUCAUAGAAUAUAAAUAAUUUGUAAGAAACAAUAUUGGUUAAAGUGAAUGGUCUAUUGCAAGCAAAUAAAUUAUAAAUAAAGAAAAUCUUGAUUAUACUCCUAUAUAAAGAUUGAAUGAUUUUAAACCAAAAAAAGAAGAUAACUUUUAAGAUUAUCAUAAAGUUGAAUUAGUGGAAUCUAUGAAAGUAGUUGAUGCACCUCAAAUCUUAAGAUAACCAAAAUAAAAUUUAGAAGCCACUAAAAUUCCAUCAUAUCCAAAUUCAAUUAAAUAGAUGGAAUCUAUAAAUACUAUUGAAAUAAUUUGCAUAGGUGAUAAUUAGAAAAUUAGUGUUACAGAAAAAGGACUAAGUAUAGGGAGAAAUCCUGAGAAUACUUUAAUAUUAAGUGAAGAUUAUGUAAGUAGAAAUCAUUGUGUAAUUGAAUUUGAUUAGAAAACAAAGAAUUAUUAUUUAAAAGAUACUGGAAGUACUUCUGGGACUUUUGUAUUAUUAAUGCAACCAUCAUUAAUGAGAAUAGGUUUGAUUUUACAUAUGGGAAGCAUGUAAUAUAAAAUAGAAUAGAUGAAUUGUAAUAAUUAAUAAUGUGAUGUGGUAUUGAGAGUAGUAGAAGGAUUAUAAAAGAAUUAAAAGUUUUAAUUUUAAUUAGUUAAGAAUUAGAAUUGUCUUAAAUUUGGUAGAUAAUUAGAGUAAUUUAAAAUGGAUACAGUAAUAUAAUAUAUUUAUAUAGUUAGCAUUUAUCUGGUAUUCAUUCCCAAUUUAGUUAUACAGAUGAUGGAUUGAUAUUAGAAGAUAUGGGUAGUAGAAAUGGAGUUUGGGUUAGAUUAAGUGAAUAAGGAUAAUGUAGUGAGAGAGUAAAGUUAACUUAGGAUAGAUAAUUUAGACUUGGUUAUGAAAAAAUAUAUUUGUGUAAUAUAAAUAAUAUUAAAUGAA